AUGUCGACGGCGGUGAAUCUAUGGAUGGGAGAGUUGACGAAGCUUACCGAUAAGAUCCGGUUGAAGAAAAAUCAUCAACAGCAGCAGCAGCAUAGUUUCUUCAUCAGAUCUAAAACAUCUCAAAAUGAAUCUGAUGAUCGAAUCGAAGAACAAGAGGAAUCAGGAUUUACUCUGGUUGAGGCGGGAAAACCUGCUUCAGUGUUGUUGAAGUCGCCGGCGACGGAAGAUUCGUUAUCAGAAGAGACGGUGUUUUGGCUGAUGGAUCGUUUCGCACCUUGCUAG